CCCCGGAGCGUUGUGCCGGGCUGGGAAUUGGUCAGCAAGUGGCUGCGUGCUGCAUGCUUAGCGCUGUCUGCCAUAACUCCCGGACCUUAGCAGGUCGCUUGGAAAAAUGCCCCGUGUAAUGAAGUUGGGAAAUAAUAAUUAGUCUUCGAGGAGGGCCAAAUGCAUUAAGGACUGCACAGAAAUACACGAGGCUGUCUAGUUUCCUCAGAACGCAGGAGAAAUACAAGAACCGGGUGGGCAGUCCAAGACACAUGCCUAAGAAACACUUUCUCUAAGUGCAUCUGGAACAUUUCAAUGACCGUUUUCCUCGGUGAGGCAGCGAGACAAGCUGUAACUGCAGCGAUCGGAUGUUCUGCUCUGAAACUCUUCACGAGGAGCGGUGCCACGGCCGAGCUGGAGACGAGACCUGGAAGCUGGACAGGGCCAAACCGCGCUGAGGGUUCGUGUCUGGAGGAGCAGCUCGACACCAGGAGGAGCAGCCACAUUCCUCUGCGGAGGUUUAAGGUAGAAACUUAAACAUACCAGGUGCAGAGCAGAACACAGUAGCCAUGAAUGACAUUGCACAGAAAACCGAGAUGAAAGAACUGCUUGCAUCUGAUGAUGAUGAUGACACGAAAUCAUCUAAGAUGGACAAGGGUUAUGUUCCAAAGCUAAUAGGAACUGUUAAAGGCAAGUUUGAAGAAAUGGAGAAGCAAAGGCAAGAAGAAGAAAGAAAAAGAACGGAAGAAGAAAGAAAGCGCAGAAUUGAACAAGAUAUGAUUGAGAAAAGAAAAAUUCAAAGAGAACUAGCAAAAAAAGCACAGGAGAUUGAUGACUUAAACAAUACGGGAAGUGAAUCAGCAGCAGAGGAAGGGGAUGAUUCACUGCUGGUUACAGUAGUGCCUGUAAAACCCACCAAAACACCUGGGAAGAAGAAAAUAAACUUUGAAAACACAGGAAAAGAAAGAGUAGAACAAAAAGACAGACAGGAUGAAGAAAUGAAGCUAAAAUAUGAGGAACAAAAACAAUUCCUUAAGGAAACCAAGUGCCUUUCAUUUGUCAUGGGUGAAAAUCAAGACAAUGAAUCACAAGAGCCUCUGUCUCCUGGUAAGCUGAAAGUAACAUUUGAAGAACUUGAAAGACAGAGACAGGAAAAUCAAAGGCGGCAAGCAGAGGUAGAAGCAAAACAGCGUUUAGAAGAGGAAAAACGCACCUUUGAAGAAGCUAGACAGCGAAUGAUAAAUGAAGGUGAUGAUGAUGAAUCUGAAAAUUCUGGUAAAGAAUUCCGUCCUGGUAAACUUAGGCUCAGUUUUGAGGAGAUGGAAAGACAGAGGAGAGAAGAGGAAAAGAGGAAAGCUGAACAAGAUGCAAGACGACGCAUAGAAGAAGAGAAACGGGCAUUUGCUGAAGCAAGGAAGAACAUGCAGGUGCUGGAUGAUGAAUCACCAGAAAUGUUUAAAACAUUUUCUCAAGAAUCUCUCAUACCUGGUAAACUGGAAAUUAAUUUUGAGGAAAUGCUGAGACAAAAAAUGGAAGAAGAAAAGAGACGCACAGAGGAAGAGCGUAGGCAAAAGUUGGAAAUGGAAAAGCAAGAAUUUCAACAGUUAAGACAAGAAAUGGGAGAGCUGGAAGAAGAGUCUGAAACUUUUGAGCUAAGCAAAGAAUAUGAAGAAUUAAUAAAGCUAAAAAGAAGUGGUUCUAUUCAGGCAAAGAACUUGAAAAGCAAGUUUGAAAAAAUAGGACAAUUGUCUCAAGAAGAAAUACAGAAGAAGAUUGAAGAAGAACGAGCUAAGAGAAGAGCAAUGGAUGAAGAAAUAAGAGAAAGGGAAGCUGAAAAAUUUCAAGAGGAUGAUGAAGUAGAUGUAAGACCAGCCAAGAAAUCUGAGGCUCCAUUUACUCAUAAAGUAAACAUGAAGGCACGUUUUGAGCAAAUGGCAAGAGCCAGGCAAGAAGAAGAACAGAGGAGGAUUGAAGAACAAAAAUUACUACGCAUGCAGUUUGAACAAAAAGAAAUUGAUGCUGCAUUACAGAAGAAAAGGGAAGAGGAAGAAGAUGAUGAUGGAAGCAUUAUUAAUGGUUCUGCUUGCGAAGAUGAGGAAGAUCAAGCUCGAUCUGGAGCUCCUUGGUUCAAGAAGUCACUAAAAAACACAUCAGUUGUUGAUGGCGAGCCAGUGAGAUUUACAGUUAAAAUUACUGGAGAACCAAAACCUCAAGUCACAUGGUGGUUUGAAGGGGAAAUGUUGCAGGACUCUGAGGACUAUCAAUAUAUUGAAAGAGGAGAAACUUAUUGCCUUUAUUUGCCAGAAACCUUCCCAGAAGAUGAAGGUGAAUAUAUGUGUAAAGCAGUCAACAAUAGAGGCACAUCUGCUAGCACCUGUAUUCUCACCAUUGAAAGUAAGAGUUAGUUUUUAAAUUCGCUUAAUUCUCAAAUACUCUUCUUGCAUCUUUCCUAUUAUGAAGAUCUAUUAAUCUCUUCCUCUUAACCCUUUUUAUUUUCUAGCUGAUGACUACUAAUGCUCUACUUUAGCUGGAAUCUUUCUUCCCCUCAAAACUUUCUUACUGCAUCAUCUCUUUCUCUGAUGGGGCCAACUAAAGAAAGCAAGGAUACGCAUUGAUUUGUCAUUCCUGCAUCACAUAAGAAUAACCUUCAAACUGUGUGAGCGUCCAGGUUCCUUGCUCAAUAUGAAAUUUAGUACUGAAGGUUAAAAACAAGGAAUCAAUGUUAAGAACUAAAAGGAAAAACUGAAUAAUAGUGCUCCCACAUUUGAAGACCAACUGUUGUGUAAUAGUAUAAAGCUAAAUACACAAUCUGGAAACCUGUGUAGUAGUGUAAAUCUACUGGUAUAUUUUGCAUGAACGCUAAAUAUUUAAGCUGUUUUACUUUAUCCCAGAAGCAUAGAACUGGCAAAAGGAAAUACUUAUCAGUGAUUUUUCAAAAACCCCAGUGUAAUAUUUUUAAAACAAUAAAAGAUUACAUAACUGCUAACUUCUGUGGGUUUAUUUCAAAGAUCAUUAGUUCUUUUAUUAUUAUUCUUUUUUAAAAACAGACUUGCAUUUAAACUGUUAGGCUCAUAUCAACCUAUGCAGUUGGUUAUCCAAAAACUAAAAACAAUCUCAGUAAGGCUUUUAGUAGUCUUUAGAAUACCAACAUUUGCUUGUAGACGAUCUAAUUUUUCAUUGCUUAAAAUAUAUAGGAACAGUUGGUAACAAAACAUGAGCCGAUCACAGUUAAGUUGAUAGGAAGCAACUCUAAGAAAAAUGUUUUCAGGAAGCACAUGAAGCUCAUUUUCUCCACACCUUCACUCUCUUGAUGCAAUGAAUUUAUUGCUGCAUCUGUAAACAUUGUCUGCUUAAGGCUAACAUACUGUUUUUCUCUAAGAUCUCUGAUAGCAAUGCUAAUGCCAUUGUGCUAACACCAUGUGCAUUUUUUCAGCUUAAGCUUGUCUAAGAGUUAUUUUACAAACAAGUCACAUUUUAAAUUGAAGAGCAUGUGUAGAGCCUUAACGUAAGACGCAAUCUGCAGCAAAUUAAAUUUAUGCCAUCAUUUCAAAAUGACUGAACAAAAUUCUAUUAUGCUCAAACGCGAUGACUGCUCUUUGUACAGUUACCUAUUGAAAGUCAUUCUUUUGCCUCAAUAAAAGUUGUAAAUUCA